CCGGUACCGGGGACAGGGUCUCGCGCUGCGCUCGUCUGAGCCCGAGGAACUGGAUCCGCUGUUUUACCGCCCUGGAUUUUAAUCCAUUAAACAAAAAUAAGGGACAAGGUGGAUAGAAUACAAGAAGAAACGCGCGGGCCGGAGCUACAGACUCUAUCCCGUCACGACAUGUCACUUGUCAUGACAGAGACGUCUAUGGGCUUCUUUGAAAAUGCGUAACGAGAGAAGCAGAUCGUUGGCAAUGAACUUGCAUUUCCAUUCCUCCACAUUAACGGGAGGACAUGGCUCAAUACACAGAUUCCUAAAAGCUUUGGAACAUAAUUCUUUUUUUGCAUGAUCUCAGUAAGACAUCAGUAGAGCAGUUUGUCAGUGCACAGCGCAUUAUGUCCGUUCAGUGCUGCAUUGAUGUAAGCCAAACGCUGGAGCGGAGGACAAACCGAACCGUCGUGUGAUGUGACUCGUGCCUCUGGGAUUAGUAGCCUACCAACCAAUCUGUAGAAAUAGUCUAAUGGACAAUUACUCAACGCUUCAGUUGCAGUGUCUGGAGAUGACUACUAAGAGGAAGAUCAUUGGCCGCCUGGUGCCCUGUCGAUGCUUCCGGGGGGAGGAGGAGGUCAUCUCAGUGCUGGAUUAUUCCCACUGUAGCCUGCAGCAGGUCCCUAAGGAGAUCUUCAGCUUCGAGCGCACGCUAGAAGAGCUCUACCUUGACGCCAACCAGAUUGAGGAGCUGCCUAAGCAACUCUUCAACUGUCAAGCACUCAAGAAGCUGAGCAUGCCUGACAAUGACCUCUCCAACCUGCCAACCACCAUCGCCAGCCUUGUGAAUCUAAAGGAGUUAGAUAUUAGUAAAAAUGGUAUUCAAGAGUUUCCAGACAACAUCAAAUGCUGUAAAUGUCUAUCAGUUGUGGAGGCCAGUGUAAAUCCUAUAGCCAAGCUCCCAGACGGCUUCACCCAGCUCCUCAACUUGACACAGCUCUUCUUAAAUGACGCCUUCCUUGAAUACCUGCCUGCCAAUUUUGGGAGUUUAUCACUUUUAGAGGAGUUUGACUGUAGCUGUAAUGAACUGGAGUCCCUGCCUCCCACCAUUGGCUACCUGCACAGUCUUCGGACAUUUGCAGCCGAUGAGAACUUCCUGACUGAGCUGCCCAGGGAGAUAAAACCUACACCAGCGAAGUCAGUUUAG